AUGGACGAACCACAGGAGCCUCCUGCUGACGACAGUCAUGCCUCUCGCCAGGGUUCGCCGCAACCAGGGCGCCGGUUGUCCAUCGACGAAGACUUGUUUUACCACCGCGUCAUGUCAGCUCCCCCCCGACGAUCUUCGCUACCGCCACCUUAUGUACCCGGCGAGUCAGCUUAUGCCGAUGCCACUUAUCACAACCAUACGAAUUUCAACGGCGAGUCAAGCUGUGCUACGAGUGACGUUCCUGAGGAGCUGCCAGGCUAUUCCAAUUCGAUUUACUUGGAAGGCAUUUUCGCCAAGAAGUAUGAAAUUGAAGAUACCAUCAAAAGAGCCGAGGACCGCCGCUGGCACAACUGCUUUGUGGUUUUGCACGGGACCGCUCUUCACAUCCACCGUAUCAAGAAAGACUGGGGCUGGGGAAAGACGAGGGACGGUCCCAGCAUAUGUCCGGAUAACCCUCCAUGGGUGAGAAAGUCGAAGCUGGAGAAGACUUAUAGUUUGUUGCACGCAGAUGCUGGUAUUGCUGCUGACUACAAAAAACGACGCUACGUUAUCCGCAUCCGAGCAGAGACGGAUCAGUUUCUUCUUUCAUGCAUCGAGCUAGGCACGUUUGUCAAGUGGCUCGAAGCCUUGUUUGCUGCUAUUGACAUUGCGGCCCCCAUUGACGAGCGUGACUUUCCUCGCGACAUGUCCAUCCCACGAGUCCAGCGUAUCCGUUGGUUCCGCGGACAAUCACCAGUGCGGAUGCCAAGCCCUGUACGGACACAGGACCCAGACCAGUCGAUCGAACCAACAGCCCAUUUGGAAGGACGACGUCACUCGUCUCCGCGACGCCCACGCGCUACUUCUCGCAGCGAAACAGCUGAAAUCCUGGCACAAGAUACACUGCUAGGGUUUCCCGAUCACGAAAUCGAAGGCGUACAAAACGCUAUUGAAUCAGACUCGGAAGAAUCUGAAGAAUCUGAAGACGAAGAUGAGGAUGCCCCCACCAGAGGGCCUAGGCUGGCGCACCGGCUAAGCACAACAUCAUACCACAACGCUUCAAUAGACCCAUUCUCUGGCAAGUGGUUCCCAGAGCACAAAUGGUCAGAGGCACACGACAUGCUUUACGCCAAGCUAUGCUACAGCAACCUACUAUUUCGGAGCCCAAGACGGUCCAACUACAUUAUCAGCAAGGGCAAGCAGUGGUUUGUCGACUGGGCUAGCGGACGCAUGGUACGGGUUCUGCCACCUGGUUACGGUGAAGAUGUCUGCGGGCCGUGGCAAAUGGUCCACAUGGAAAACACACGCAUUUAA